AUGGUAAAGGUUCAUGCUUGUUUACAAAAAAUAGCUAAGACGGGGUCGUUGUGUUGUGUGGCUGCGAGGCCACAUGGGUCAAAUACAGCCAGUAGAGACUGGUCCGUGGGUCCCCAUGAGCCUUAUUGGCGAACUAAUACAAGCUUCUCGCCACCUCCUUCAAGAUGGGAUUUCCGUUUUCAACCCGAGGGACUGUCAUAUGGUUCACAUGAUGGGAUUCAAUUGUAUGGGUCUGCUACAUCUUCAAACAGCAAAGAAAGUAGGGGCUGGCUGAGGGGAAAUCUUCUUUACAAUCAUCAGCAUUCUACAUCUGAUGGUGCUGGGCUGUUUUUAAGUAGUCCAUCUGACCUUUCUCAGGGUCCACAGUGGACACCCCCAGCAAUACAAGAAAUCACUGCUGACGAUUAUGAAACUACAACGAGAAGAGAUCAAGUUGUUGGACAAUUACCCUUUGCUUCUAUUGUUGAGGGGAUUUUAUCAAAUGCGGAUAGUGGGGUCUCCACUUCAUCCCAUUCAGACAGUAGCGAGUCUGAGGCCAUGGUCAAGCCAUGCUUGUCAUCUCAUCGCAACUUUUCAAAUCGACGUUACUUUAUGUCCAAACCUAUUCACCCCUUGUCCUUUCCCGAGGGGACUCCUACUACAGAAGCCUCUGACUCUGCAGUUACUGGGUUUUCAGAUGAUGCUGCCACACCACAAAGAGAUGCCCAUCGCUGGAGCAGUGCUAGCAGCAGCAAUGAUUUUGCAGAUGUUUCUGAGCCAUUUGAGUCUGAGAUAUUUAAUUGGUCAUUUAUCCCAUCUGAUGGUUUCAAAUGCGGGUUGUGUGAGAGAUUUCUCUCACAGAGGUCACCUUGGAGUUCUCGUAGGAUUGUAAGAAGUAGUGACAUGCCUGUUGCUGGGGUUCUUUCAUGUCGACAUGUUUUUCAUGCAGAAUGUUUGGAGCAGACAACACCAAAGACUCGUAAAAAUGACCCUCCUUGUCCUAUAUGUGUCAGACUGGAAGAGCAAAAUUCCCCAGAGAAACAAGUUAUCUCUAGGCUUAGGAAUGGUUUGCCAAGGCUUAGACCAUUUUCUGAGGAUGGGCCAUCAAGGACUUGGGGCUGUGCACAGGUGGGAGAUUGUGUUGAAGCAGCUUUGCAUGCACCCCCACGUAGUACUAUGUUAUUGCUUAACCGGAGUCGCAUGAAGAAAAAUCUCUUUGUGAAGGGUAAUUCGAGUAAAGAAUUUCCAGGUAAGCUAAGGAAAAGUGGUUCAUCUUCUUUGCAACUUUUUGGAGGGAAGUCAAUUGAUCAGGGUGCGGUUGGGUGCUCAAAGACAAUUGCCGGCCCAAGUGUGAAGAGGUGAGAUUAGUUUUGUGUUGGUGGAAACUGUGCAAAUCUAUUAAGGUUGGGUAGUUGGUGAAUGCCAUUGACUACGCAAAUUUCUGGUAAAUGAGAUUGGAAAGUAGGAGAUGUUGUAUAGAUAAGAUUUUGUGGGAACUACGGUUGAAAUCGUAGUUGAAAUUUGUCAAUUUCGAUCUGUAAACUGUUUAUACAAUUUGUUUAUGAUGGUGGAAGUGUUGAAUGUUGAACCAAAUUCCUUCUA